UAGUUGCAUAAUGACACACCCACACAUUGGCAAUGGAAGAAAGUUUUGUUUUGUCUAGCCUUCGUAACAUUGUAUCUGAUGGAGAUAACGCUGGGAUUCCACUACAUGAAAUUUUGGCCACUCUAGAUGAGGAGAGAAAACCAACUAAGGCAACUUCUAUAACUCGGUUGCGGAACUACAUGUCGUGUUCACUUGCGAUCAUUCCAUGUCUUAUCUUCGGACUUCUUCUGCAUGUCCCUGUUUUACAAAUCUGGAACGGUUCCUUUUGUGCUCUCCCUACCCCAGCGAUGAUGUUUGGGAUGAUCCAACCUAUAGCUGAUUGUAAUAUAUGCGAGGGCGUGGCAGAAGCACCGCGACUAGUCAAUCUUAGCCGCAAGGACUUCGCUCUCCAACAUGCCCAUAGCUCGAAGCCUAUCGUAGUUGUUGGUGCUGCAAUGAAUUGGUCUGCUAUGGAUGUACUCUCAUAUGAGUAUUUUCAGAGUCUAUAUCAAAGAUAUCCUGAUGCUGUUGAUGGUGAUAUGAGCAAAGGCCAGUUCUUCUCUUAUAGUUCAAACAUCAGACAUCUGGAGGAUCUAUUUGAGCUAAGCAGUGAAAGAGCAGCUAUGAUAUCUGAGAGGUGGUACAUUGGAUGGUAUGAACAUUGUCUUGUACGUGGCAACCUUUAUAACGUGUGUUUAUCACAAUGCAGGUCUACUAGUGAUCCCAGGAUUGCAAAGGAUAUCAAAUCACUCACAUCAAUACCUUAUUUUAUUUCACCAAUGAACAGUGAGAAUGAUUUGACUUGGAUAUUUAUGGGUGCCCCUGGACCUGGAGCAAGUAUGCAUAUAGACAGUGUUGGUGAACCAUCCUGGCAAGCCCAGAUAUCUGGAACAAAAACAUGGACCUUGGUUCCCCCUACAGAGUGUGAAUCAGUCUGUGCCUCUUUUAAUGUGACUGUUAACAGAGGUGAUAUCAUUGUGGUGGAUACAAACCAGUGGUACCAUCAGACAUACAUUCAUCCAGGAAAUAUUAGCAUCACUAUAGGUGCAGAAUUCAGAUAACAGUUGUCUUUUUGUCAUGAGUGUGUAUAUAGAAACAACGAACAUGCCAUCAUCAAGUAUUCCACCUAAAAUCCCUUCCAACGAGCUUGUAAAACUGUUCAUUGUGAGCAAAGAAAUACUCUUUCAAAAGUUUUCUUGUGUUCUCAGAUAUUUUAGGAUGUUGAUGACCUUUACUACUCCCAAGACAGUUAGGAUGGACGUCACCUUUGUCUGUGACCUUAUGCCAACAAUAAAAACCUUUGGUUUUGUUAUAAUAGAACAUAUCCUCCGUAAAGAAGUCACUUACUCCUAGAUAGUUCUGCACUCUAAUCAUCUCUUGUGCUGGAUUGCUUAUUAGAGCAUCUCCAUUCACAAUAUGUAUUCUAAUAACUUGAGCUCUGUCAUUAAUGUGAUUUGGACCAUCCAAAACUACAUCGUUAAAAGAUUUCUGUUGACCAAUCCGGUCAGGGUUGAAAAGUUGGAUGUAGUCGGAUAUAGUUCGUUCAAUAGGAUCCCUGACUAUCAAUAUCACUUUUGUACUUGGAGACAUGCUGUGCAAUCGAUCCGGUACGUAAGGAGUAAUAAAGUAGCUUGGAGACUUCUCGAUGGCUAUUUCAUUGGGUGCUGUAAAAGGCAUCUGCUGUACAUACCACCUCAAUCCUUUCCUGAAGUUCUCAUUUCUAUCGAAAAAGUGAACCUCUCCUCGAGCUGAUUCAACCUGAGGAUGAGAGUCUAGCAUGCUUAUCAAUGCCCUUGUCCCACCUUUUUUCACACCAAUGAUAAUAGCUUGUGGGAAACGCUGUUCCUCUUGACUACUCGUCAUUGAAUCACUGUCAUAGAAAGACCCAGGUGUUGAAGAACUGAUGUGGUAUACAAGUAGCAGCACAAUUCCAGCAGCCAUCACGAUGAAUACUGCUUUCUUCGGCACCCGUCCACACAGCCCAUUCAGCUCAUUCAUGUCCAGCAAGUUCCGGCGCGCGCGUCCGCUC